CUGAACAUACGAGAAGUCUUGGAAGAAGAUGAAGGCGGUUCCAUCGAAAAGUCCAUUGCUAAGCUUGUCGCUGAUGCUCGCAAGAAACAGCGAACUGUGGCGAAACCGACGAAAGUCAGGCUCGGCAUCAUGCGGUACGUCUACGUCGCAAUCGACUGUUCACGUUCAAUGACUAGCAAAGAUAUGCCUCCGUCUCGGUUUUUCGUUACGAUGAAGAUAUUAGUCAAUUUUCUGGAUAAGUUUUUUGAACAAAAUCCCAUUGCGCAGCUUGGGCUUAUUUUGGUGAAGGAUAAGAAAGCCGAACGUUUUGUGAGUCUCACAGGCAAUGUUCGAACUUUGAAGGAGCAUCUGAAUUCCAUCAAUGAGGCUAUCUGUAGCGGAGACUUCUCUCUUCAAAAUGCUUUACAACUUGCUCUAACAAACUUGAAGAGUUUACCUGGUCAUGUUUCGCGCGAAGUGAUUGUCAUAAUGUCCAGUCUUUCUACCGUGGAUCCUGGCAACAUCUUCUCAACGUUUGAGCUUCUCCGAGGUCACAAUAUUAGGUGCUCAGUGAUUGGUCUUGGGGCGGAGCUUUUUGUUUGCAAGCAGCUUGCGAAAGUUACCAAUGGUAAUCAAAUUUCUUUGCAAGUAUGCUAUGACAGUAAAUGAAU